UUGUGUUGGCGUCGCGCUGUGAAUGGCAACAAAGUGUUAAACAGCUGUUUGUGCGUGACGUCGUCUUGCAUUUUGAGUGUACCUUAGGAUUAUAAUAAAAAGUAUUAAUUGCUAGAAAUAUUAACGCAAUCAUCAUGAGUGAGGUUGGUGUGGCUUUGGAAGUAGACGGCGCGGCCGAUAAAACGCUGGGCAGCAACAAAAUACACUUUUCAAAAGAGGUGAAGCAGGUUAUCGACAAGGUGCUCAAAACGGAUGAUCCCAUGGAUGCGACAGACUUCAACACCGUUGACUACAUCAACCAGCUGUUUCCCAAUGAGCAAUCACUGGUCGGUAUCGAUGAAACUAUUCAGCGGAUGCAGUGUGAGGUCUCGCUUAUUGAUGAUAACAUACGCGCCGUGGUGCGUGGUCAGACGAAUACUGGCCAGGACGGACAGCUAGCCUUGUGUGAGGCGCAGAAGGUCAUUAGCUCGCUCUAUAGCCACAUAAUCGAUGUGAAGGCGCGUGCCGAACGCACCGAAGAAAUGGUCAAGGAAAUCACCAGAGACAUCAAACAGUUGGACUGUGCCAAGCGUAACCUUACUUCGGCCAUAACAACGCUAAAUCAUCUGCACAUGCUAGUUGGUGGCAUUGAGAGCUUAAACAAACUAAUUGAGCGACGUUCGUAUGGCGAGAUUCUAAAUCCGCUGCAGGCCAUUACCGAAGUGAAUCAACAUUUCCAGCAGUACUCAGACAUAGAAGAAAUCAAGAAUCUUUCGCAAAGCGUCGACAAAAUUCAAGUUACACUCGCGCAACAAAUCACGGAGGACUUCAAAGAAGCCUUUGCCGCGAAGCCUUCUGCCCAACAUCAUCGGUUAGGACUAAACCAACUAUCCGAUGCCUGCAAGGUUAUGUCAGUGCUGGAUCCAAAAGUCAAAAAAGAUCUUCUCAAGUGGUUCAUAGCUCAACAAUUAGAGGAGUAUAUGCAUCUGUUUCACGAAAACCAGGACAUUGCCUGGUUGGAUAAAAUUGAUAAAAGAUACGCUUGGCUUAAACGCCAUUUACUCGACUUCGAAGACAAAUACGGAGCCGUGUUUCCACUAGAUUGGGAGGUUUCCGAGCGCAUAACAGUGGAGUUUUGUCGGCAGACACGUGAACAGCUGGCAAAGAUCAUGGCCAAGCGGACUAAUGAGAUAGAUGUACGCCUGCUGCUAUUUGCCAUCAACAAGACGCAAGCAUUUGAGCAGCUACUUUCCAAGCGCUUCACUGGCGUCACUCUUGGCGGAACGGUCGCUGAGCAAACACGUGUGCUCACAGACCUGAAUAUCGCGGAUGCGAAUGCGGCACCUGGCAUUGUCAUCUUUCAUGACCAAAUCGGCCAGUGCUUCAAGGUUCACUUGGACAUUUACAUACGUAGCAUUGAUCGCAAUUUGUCCGAGCUGAUGGAGAAGUUUGUCGAAAUGUCCAAGGAGCCGUAUAAGUUUGCUGAGGCCAAGACCACUGUCUACCCGAGCUCGGGCGAUCUGUUCGUCUUUUACAAAAAAUGUAUGGUGCAAUGCAAUCAGUUAAGCAAUGAACAGCCCAUGUACGAUCUGGCCUUGGUCUUCAAGAAGUAUCUGCGCGAGUAUGCCUCCAAAGUGCUGGAAGGCAGCACUCCCAAGCUAAUUACCCCAACUACUUCCAUAGGCAAGAGCGUUUCAUUACUGACGCGCGACAUGCAAAAUUUAUCGACGGCCGCUGGACAAGUGUUCCACAAUUUUCUCAAGGAGGGCGACAUCCAGCGUUUCGGUCGAGAUGACUUGGUGCGCAUCUGCUGUGUACUGACCACCGCCGAGUAUUGUCUGGAGACUGUGCAACAGCUUGAGGACAAGCUAAAGGAGAAGGUCACUUCUGCGUAUGUAAAUAAAAUUGAUAUGUCCGAGGAGAAGGAUGUGUUUCAUCGUAUCAUAUCCAACUGCAUUCAACUGCUUGUUCAAGAUCUAGAAGCAGGCUGCGAACCGUCUUUGCAAGCCAUGGCAAAGGUGCAGUGGCAGCAAAUCAGCAAUGUGGGUGACCAGAGUGCGUUCAUCAGCAAUAUUUGCUCCAAUUUCAAACAGACAGUGCCUAUAAUACGAGACACUUUGGCCUCCUCUCGAAAAUAUUUCACACAAUUCUGCCACAAGUUUGUGGCUGCCUUUAUUCCAAAGUUCAUCAACGUAUUGUACAAAUGCAAGCUCACGCUGUCGGAUGGAUCCAACAAUGUGCUGGGCUGUGAGCAGCUGCUUCUCGACACGCACUCACUGAAAACGGCCCUCUUAGAUUUGCCCUCGGUGGGCUCGAGUGUUAAUCGCAAGGCACCCACCAGUUACACCAAAGUGGUGGUCAAGGACAUGACGCGUGCCGAGAUGAUCAUUAAGGUCGUAAUGACGCCCGUUCAACCGCCAGCCCACUUUACACAGCAGGUCCUGAAACUACUGCCCGAUAUUACCAUAGCGGAAUAUCAAAAGAUUCUGGACAUGAAGGCGGUUAAGCGUGUGGAUCAAUUGCAACUAAUCGAUUUGUUUAAGCACACAGCUUCGGCGGCAGCAGUUAGCGGACUCAUGGAGGUAACUCGCGAAGAAAGCGACGCACCAGCAGCGUCCAUACAAGUGAUACCUGAUGUUCAAAUUGCCAACAUCGAAGCCGACACUUCCAACAGCAAUAGCCUAGCCACGGGAGCAGCAGGAGAGUCGACAACACCAGCGACGCCGGUAACGGCAGCAGCCACGUCGACACCCAAACGCGCUUUCAUUUUUAGUGUGGGAAGCUUUACGGGUAGCGCGGACAAGAACGCUGAUGGCAGCUCACAGACAGGCAUACGCAAACUGGAGAGUCUGUUAAAGAAGCGCUUCCCCUAGUCACUGAAUCCGCAAAAUUACUUACAACAUUCCUUUACUUAAGCAUUAUAGCAUUAAAAAUACAAUUGUAUUAAUUUUUAUGGAGUACUUCAUUCUAAUGUAGACGUAGACAUAUGAUUGACUUCUUACCGUCUGAAUACAAACUUAUGUGACUAUA